AUGUCAAUAUAUACGCCUAUCGAAACCUUCUCUCCUCUUCACUCUACUAGAAUAGCGACGCCGAAUAUUCCCUACGAUUCUAACGAUCUAAAUGAUUUUAACUACAUCUCUAGCUCUAAUAUUCCUAUUAAUCUAACUAAUUCCGAUAAUAUCGAGGUACUAGAAUCGACGGAGAAAGAGGAGGAAGAUGAAGAGGAGGAAGAUGAAGAGAAGGAAGAUGAAGAGGAGGAAGAUGAAGAGGAGGAAGAUGAAGAGGAGGAAGAUGAAGAGGAGGAAGAUGAAGAGGAGGAAGAUGAAGAGGAGGAUAGUCUACACUAUAAUAGUGAAGACAGUGAGAGAGAUGAUGAUAAUCAAGACUGGGUUCCAUUUACGGUACAGAAGCUCCUCUCUCAGUAUCAUUUAGACGGUCAUUACGGCUGUACGCCCGAGAAGCAUAUUCGCCUUAAACAAGAGCAUGAGGAUCUAGUGGGAGACCAGGCGCAUCACGACCUCUCCUCGUGCUUCCCACGAGCUAACUUUCCCUCCGUAUUACGGCCAGAUCACGAUGUCGAUCAACUACUAACACCAGAUCAAGCUAGAGCGGAUUUUGCUCCUUCGGCAGCACAAUGGGAAGAAACAAUAUGUGGUACGAGUAUCGAUCAUCCCUACCCACGUUAUGUCUGUCUUCAUACGCAUAUAACUCCACCGACGGACCCUGAGAUAUCCUCUAAUGUUGAUAGUUUUCUGGGCUUUGCUACAUCCCUCGCCUUUGCCCGUGAAGGAUUAAAUGUCGAGCUCGCGCCUCAGGUCCGGAAAAACAUGACGGCUGAUGUCCAUAUCACGACUACAACAUAUCAUGAGCCAUCGACGCAAGAGAAUCAUUAUGAACUUAGCCAGGAAGACCAUGAGUCAGUACGUCCUCGCGCUAUUCAGACCCUCUUACGCGACAUUCCUCACUUCUUCGCCGCUCGACUUUUCGGCGCUCGGGACAUCGAGGUGUACUUUCUCUUUCCCUACAUCCCGGUCGAUGGUCGCUUUAUCGGUCUAACACAGCACCAACUAAAACGAUGGUUUAACCGAAUCUUUCUCCCAGCCCUCGAGUCAAUCGCACCCUCCCAUAUACUACAACAUCUUCCCGCGUCACUCCGUCAAGCGCAGGCAAACUCCGUAGCGGCGCAGAUCGAGGGCCGUCAAGCGACCACCACGAGCUACCAGAGUGCCCAGACGAUCCACUAUACCCUUUAG